AUGGAUGCAGACUGGGACGAGGUGACCCGCAUCGCCUUCCCGGCGCCCGGCUCCAAUGACUACCCCCGACCGGCCACCGCUCUAGCUUUCGACACCAUCGCCGAGUUAUUAUGGGCUGGCAACGACCGAGGCCGUGUGGUCUCCUUCUACGGCCGCGACCUGCAGCGGUACACGGCCUUCAAGAUCCACCCCCCGUCCGAGGGCCCAGUACGGCAAUUCCUUUUCCACGACAAAGGCGUCAUUGCGCUCGGAACCCGGAGCGUGCACAUGGCGAUGCGAAGGGGACCCACACUCUGGAAUAUUCGGCACGAUGAAAUGGAAAAUCUGCAAUGCAUGAGUUUCACCUCGAAAGGCGCCUCUGAGAUUAUCGUCGCUGGAUUUCAAGACACCAUGUUUGUUAUCGACGUUGUCAAGGGGGAGAUUGUCAAGCAGAAAAGCAAGUAUAUUUGCGCCGCCACCCGGACCGGCUGCGUCGAUCUUCUCGACCCUAUCACGUUUAAAACCGUCCGAAGCUGGCAAGCCCACGCGUCGUACAUCAACGACAUGGACGCCCAAAAUGACUUCAUUGUCACCUGUGGAGGUUCUCUCAAGCAGCAGGCCGCUCAGACCUACAUGCUUGACCCAUACGUCAAUGUCUUUGACCUAAAGAACAUGACCUCGAUGAAACCAAUGCCGUUUCCACCCCUGGCAGCCCACGUUAGGUUGCACCCGAGAAUGCUCACCACUAGCAUCGUGACCUCCCAGCACGGACAGAUGCAUGUGGUGGACAUCAUGAAUCCCAACACGAGCAACGUGCGGUACGCAAAUGUGAUGUCGUUUAUCAAUCUUUUCGAAAUAGCACCUUCUGGAGAGGCUCUCGCCAUGGCCGACACAGAGUGCAACAUUCAUCUUUGGGGUUCACCCUCCAAGAUCCACUUCACCGACAUGGCCAUCCCAAUUGAAAUGCCAAAGGCGGAGGAGCCCGCUCCCAUGCUCGACUGGUCGCCAGAUACCCCCCUGAGUUCGAUAGGAAUGCCCUACUACCGUGAACAACUAUUCUCCGCCUGGCCUUCCGAUAUCAUCUCCGACAUUGGCGCGCCGCCCGUGCAGCUAGACCCGUCAUUCCUGGCUUCUCUUAAGCAAAUGGAAUGGGGCUUUUACGGGAGAAACUCGCGAGGUCUACGCCGUAACCAAGUCGAAGACACCCGAGCAUGCAUGAAGCCAUCCAUGCAGCCACCGAAGUUCUUGAGCGAAAAGGCGCGGGAAUCGGCCAUGUCCUAUAGCGCCGCUGUACCCGACCCCAAGGUGGAGCAGAAGGCAGAAGGGUCUACAUGCCAGGCAACGAACAUGUUCAAAGCUUUGGGCGCCACCCCUCAAGCUGCGCCUUUGGGACUACUCGAAGAGGAAACACACGUACCAUCACUAUCAACCAUGUCUCAGGGGCUGAGUAGGUUCCUGUUCGACAGAAUCAACCAUGACUACCGAAGCAUAAACCCGAUUUCAACUACGCUAGAGCAAACUCUUUUCAACCUCCCGCAGCCUCCCACUCCGGACGAAUUGGUGUCGAGGGUCCUCGCGACAUCAGCCGUGGUAACCAUCAAGUGCAUGAACUGCCGAAGCGAGACCACGCGCCCUGGCACCGCACAAGUCAACGAUCUAAUGUACCCACCGCCGAAGGGCUCCGCUAGAGGUGGUAGAAUGCACAAGACGACAUUCUCCCAAGUGCUUAAAACAGGAGUCGAGAGAGAAACCGCGUCUAAGGGGUGGUGCAGUCGUUGUCAAAGAUACCAGAACUUGCAGAUGCGAAAGACGAUACACAGUGUCCCCGCAGUGCUCGCCAUCAACUCGGCCAUUUCCAGUCAGGAACAUCGGAAACUCUGGGCGACACCUGGAUGGCUGCCGGAGGAGAUUGGCAUCAUCGUGGACCAGGGGCAGUUUUUCUGCUUCGAGGGCGAGGACCUAAAGUUGCAUCUCCAGCGAGGAAUGCACAACAUCACGGUUUACUCGUUGAUCGGGAUGGUGGUCAACAUUGAGAGCAGCUCGCCCCAGAAGACACAUCUCGUGAGCGUGAUCAAUGUUGCGCAUGCGGAUGCAGCACCGUCGGCGGAGAGCAAGUGGCACUUAUUCAACGAUUUCUCAGUACGGCCUAUCUCAACCGCAGAGGCGUUAACAUUCAACGCGGCAUGGAAGCUGCCUGCUGUGUUGCUGUUUCAAGUCAAGGCCGCGAAUAACAAGACCAACAUGGAUUGGAAAACCAAACUAGACACAUCGUUACUAUACCAGGAUCUGACGCCGCACUCAGAUGAAAAGACGUACCAUGUGCUCGACCUGGAGGCGGAGCCGCCAGGUCCGGACACCAUCGUGGGGUUGGACACUGAGUUUGUGUCGCUGAAGCAGCCUGAGAUCCAAAUGAACUCGGACGGCGAGAGAGAAACGAUCAGACCCAUGUCACACGCCCUGGCAAGAGUUUCAGUCGUGCGGGGCCAAGGCGAACACGAAGGAGAGGCCUUCAUCGACGAUUACAUCGCUAUCAGGGAACCCGUUGUGGACUACCUCACGCUAUAUUCGGGUAUCACACCAGGCGAUCUCGAUCCGCGCACCACCAAGCACAACCUUGUGUCUCUCAAGGUGGCGUACAAGAAACUCUGGGUACUUCUCAACCUCGGCUGCAAAUUUCUAGGCCACGGCCUCCGGCAAGAUUUCCGCGUUAUCAACAUCCAAGUGCCCCGCGCUCAGGUGAUCGACACUAUCCAGGUCUUUUACCUUAAGGCGCGGCUGCGCAAGCUGUCGCUCGCCUUCCUGGCCUGGUUUCUUCUUAAGGAGGACAUCCAGCUUGAGACGCACGACUCGAUUGAGGAUGCGCGCACCGCUCUGAAACUGUACCGCAAAUACCUCGAAUUUGAGGACGCGGGUAUACUAGAGGCGAUGCUCGAAGAUAUCUAUAAGGUAGGAAGGGCCACCAACUUCAAACCGCCGCGGAAGGACGAUCAAGUCAUCCAGCGGACAGACACACCGUUCCUGUCACGGUGA